GCUUGAGCCGGUAAAGAGCUGUCAAAACAGGCAGGAGUACGUUGACUGCCAGACCGGCUACAAGAGGUGCGGAUGAGAAGAUGCCGCCGCUUCCGCCGCCACAUUUGUCAUUUAAACCAAAUUGUUAGCGACUGUCCAUGUCUUAGCCGCAGCGACAAGUAACCUCGUUGGCAAUGAGAUGUUUUAUGGGCAAGCUCGAGUACGACUCCUCACGAUCGAGUAGAGCAGCAAAGCAAUGAGGAAGAAUUUGUGUUAGUUCCACCAGCUGGCAACACUUCCUCUGUUCAAGAGCUAUUCUCCUCCGGUCACCGCUCUGUCGUCAUGAAGGCCUCCAUUUCCCAUGGUUGCCUGGGUCCAAAUGUGUACACGGAGGUGCCCGAAGGUGGCUGGGGCUGGGCUGUAGCUGCCACCUUCUUCAUCGUGGAGAUCUGCACCUAUGGGGCUCUCAAGAGCCUGGGGAUCUUUCUCCAGGAUUUGAUGGAGGAAUUUGAGGAGAGUACCAGUCGGGUUUCAUGGGUCAUCUCCAUCUGCGUCUUCAUCUUCACUUUUACCGCCCCCCUGUCCACCAUGUUGAGCAAUCGUUUUGGCCAUCGCACCAUCGUAAUGCUGGGGGGCGUCCUCAUCAGCUUGGGUACCAUCACCUCCGCUUUCACCAACUCCAUCAACGAGAUGUACAUCACCAUUGGCAUAGUCUCAGGCUUUGGCUACUGCCUUACCUUCCUCCCCACUGUCACAAUUCUUGCCCAGUACUUCUCCAGGCGUCGGGCCCUCGUCACCUCUGCUGCUUCUUCCGGGGAAUCUUUCGCCAUCUUUGCAUUUGCACCAGCCUUCACAAAGCUGAAGCAGCACAUCGGAUGGCGGCGCUGUCUCAUUGUCCUUGGGGUUUUUCAAUCUUGUAUUAUUGCUUGUGGCCUUCUUCUUCGCCCAAUCAUCAUCCGGCCGGAGCUUGAAAAGGAGGACAAUGAAAUGGUCGAGCAACUCCCUCUGGAACAGCUGCAGGAGGUUUAUGAGUUGGAAAAUGAACAAACCAGAACCUCCAUCAGUUCAGGAGGUUCCCAGAGUUCAGAGGACUCAGGGGUCACUUCCCUUUCUGCCUCAAAUGUGGAUUUGGGGAUGGCAGGAGUGGAAAUCAAGGCGGAGUGGGAGCUGCAGGGCCAAGAGGAUCAGGAACUGUCAUCGUCCACACCUCCCUCCCCAUUCAAGGCGUAUUCUGAGACAAACAUGUCAGGUCCUCCCGUGUCACCCCAAUCCAAACUGCUGGAUUUCUCCGUCCUGAAAGACGGCGCCUUCAUUUGCUACUCGCUCUUCGGCCUCUUCGCCACUCUGGGCUUUUUUGCCCCUCAGCUCUACAUCGUCGAACUGACUAAAAGCCAUGGCGUGGAGCCCAGCAUGGCGUCCUAUAUGCUCUCUGUGAUGGCGGUGGCCGAGAUCUUUGGCCGUCUGUCCAUUGGCGUGUUGCUGAACAAAGUCACUUGCAGAAAGACCCUGGUGUUGCUCUGGUGUGUUGUUUUUUUGUGUCUGGUGCUGGUGGCCUUCACCGUCGUACGGGACUUCUGGGGCCUGGUGGUCUGCUGUGCCAUCUACGGCUACUUCCUGGGCACCGUGGGCUCCACGCACAUCCCCAUGCUGGCAGAGGAGGACGUGGUGGGCAUUGACAAAAUGGCCACAUCUGUGGGAGUCUACGUUUUUAUUCAGAGCUUUGCUGGACUUGCCGGACCACCUCUAGGAGGUGUGUUGGUGGACAUCACCAAUAAUUACGGUGCUGCUUUUUACUCCUGUGCCGUCGGGAUGGGGCUCAGUGCCGUCUGUCUCGCUCUGGUUGGUCCAGUCAAGUCUGGUAUGUGCCGGAAGCGGAAAGGUGAACUUGCGGAGGAGGGAGAGAAAACUUUCCAGGACAACGACCUGCCGGACUUUUUGGAGGUGGAUAUGGCAGUCGAGGACAGCCCCAUGAAAAAGUCUAUGUCUGGAGACAACACUUGUGUAAUAUGAGCCCGGAAGAGCCUCAGCAGAUGAAAAGAAACAACAACAAAUCCGACACAGAGGAGGAGACCGCCAAAUUUCCAUCACCUAUCGACAGCUGCUGCUCGUUUUCCAAUCUCAGGUGUCGCUCACUGACAAGCUUGAAGCUCAAUCUAAAGGAGACCAAAGACAGCCAUGCUGAGCACAUGGUUUCAAAUCUUUGUCGACUCUGACACACGGUCUGCUUAUAAACACUUUUCACAGGCUUCUGUAACUCCCACCAGACCCAUUCCAUUUUAUUUAUAUAAGCGCCAAAUCACAACAGAAGUUGUCUCAGGGCACUUUCCACACGGAGGAGGUCUCGAGCCACACUCCUCACUCAUGAAGACCCCGCAUGAGCAAGCACAACGCAAGACUGAAAUUAUGCAGUGCACACAAGAACCCUGCUCAUGUUAAGGCAUGCAACCUGUCUGCAUGUCCAUGAUCAUCAAGAUUCAGAUGUCGGCGCAGAAAAAGACCGAAAGAUAAAACAGCACAUCAGGUCUUGUGCGAUUUUUGCUACCUGAGUGCAUAUGAUGCAAUGAGAAUAAAAAAAAUAAAAAAAAAGUCAACUGAAAUGUCAUUGAUCCACACAGCCUGUCUGACUUCUGUGUUAAAAUAUAUUUCGCGUCUUCAAGUCACAGCAAUAUUUGCAAUCGUUGACUAAAUCAGGGAGCUCCUGCUAACUUGUGUGAGGGGAUCCCGAAGGCAGCGAGUGUUCAUUUCAAGAUUUCGCACAAGCCUUACAAACUUCAGCACGUUAGUUCUUGUUUUCACUCUAAGGCAUUGAUUUUAUUUGUACAUUGUUACUCUGUUCGUAUUCAUUGCCAUUAGAAUGACCUUGUUACACAACAGCAUACGUGUUGGAAAAGCGAUAAUGAUCUGAAAUAUCAGCGUUCAGAAUACAGUGGAGCCCUGCAUACUCGCAUACUUGUUUUUUUUUUUCAGUAUUAAAAAAAAUAAGAUUUUGGGUGAGAGGCAACCUCUUGCUUUUGUACAGAAAGCUUGUCGGUGGUUUAUCACUGCUUUACAACAAUUUUGGGGGGGGUUCAUUUUUAUUUUAUUUUAUUUUAUCUUUUUUUAAUGCAUUUCAAUUGCUGUCAUUUAUACACGAAUUUUCACUAUUGUUGGACUGGUCUGAUCUUUCCCCUACAAAUAGAGGGGUCCAAUGUCAUACAGACCUAAAUGCACUGGUACACGUUGAACGAGAUGGGCAUGUAUGUUUCAUUAUGCAAUAUGUGUGAAUGAAAUGUUUGUCAGGACAAAGA